AUGACGACUCUCGUGGAGACUCGACGGGCGCUAGAACUUCUGAGCAUGGGAAACCAGCAGGAGCGCCGGACAAGCAAGCGCCUCGCCGGUACGUAUCCGGACCACAGCCUGACGCAGCGGAGAGGGAAAGGGAACGUGCAGCUAACGGACGGGGCAGCGCCGGCGAAUCUUGAGCAGGAUGGUGAUUUUAUGUUCGUGAGGGAGACGAAGAGGGUGAAGACGGAGGAGCCAGAGCCGCCGAAGAGGGCCGGGAGGGGUCGACCGCCAAAGGGACGCCCGCCGAAGGAGGCCAAGGUGAUUGCAGAGAUACCGGAGGAGGAGGCCACGCCCGUGGUGACGAAAUCUACGACGCGGAAGAGUACGAGGCGGAAGGCCAGCGAGGAUGUGAUGCCCGAGGAGCCGGCGCCUAAAAUUCAGAAGACGACGACGCGCAGGAGUACGCGCCAUGCGUCCGAGGAUGUCGCGGUGGUGGAAGAGGUGAGGGCGGAGAGGACGCACACGAACGGUGCGUCCAAUGGACGGGGCCGCAAGAAGGGCAAGCCGACGAAAGCGGCGAGGGGGCCCGAGAUGGUGCCUGUGCAAGAGCAGGCUGUUCAGUCUGCGCAGAUUACUCUCCCGAUGAGCGAUACGCCCAUCAUCAAUCGGAACAAGGAAAUGCGCAAAAAGGGGAGCAAUCGGCGGAGCAGCCUGGGGUCGCGAGGCAGGAGAGCAAGCUCGCUAAUAGAAAGCGGGCAAACGGCAAUACCUCACCGCGAAGUCAACCCGGCGGAAUUCUACAAGCACAUCGAGGAGGGCUUGACGGAGACGCGGCGUAUGAAACAGCUAUUAACCUGGUGCGGUGAACGUGCACUGGCUGUGAAGCCAGCUCACGGUACUAAGAAUUCCAGCAUCAUCCAUGGAGCUCGUGCAAUCCAAGACCAAUUACUUAAGGACUUUUCGGUACGAUCUGAAUUCUCGGAUUGGUUCAGUCGUGAUGAGGGUCCUAAGGCACCUGUCAUUCUGAAACCUAAUCCGAGAAACAUCGAGCUUGACGAAAAGAUGGCACAAUUAGAAGCCAAUAUUCAAAGGCUACAAGAGGAAAAAAGAGCGUGGCAAGCGAUGAGGAAAUUACCACCCGAAGAACCUCAGCUUUACUCUGAAGAGGAGACAAGCCAAAUUACUCUACCUGACUUCGAUGUAUUAGACGAAGACGAUGGCAAGAUUCGAGGGUAUCUUGCAGACAAGAGCAAUUCAUUUGCAGCACUGCACGCAAAAACCCAAAACCGACUGCAAACCAUACGGUCAUCUCUAGAAUUUGAGAUUGAUCAAUUAGCAGACAACAUACACAAACUAGAUCAACGAGUAGCGGUUGCUGGCAAGGAAGCAGAACAGAUACUGAGCCUCAGCGCCGUCCGCUUACGAGAACGAGAAGAAAGAGAAAGGAGGCAAGCCGGGACCAAGGACAUGCCAAUAAUGGAGGUUCUGAGAAGUCUGGGCAGCAUAUUACCAGAAGGCGGCGGGUGA